AUGGAACCAAUUAAUAAAGAUAAUAAUAAUAAUAAUAAAUAUAAUAAUAUAUAUAAUAAUAAUAAUAUAACAACACCACCAUUUAAAAUGAAUUCAAUAGGGUAUUGUAGUAAUAAAAAUAAUGAAUUAAUAUUACCAAAUGAUUUGGAGCAAGUUGAAAAAUUAGAAAAUAAUAGUUUUAUUGGUAACAAUUUUCAAGAUGAAGAAUUGUUAGAAUUAAAAUCGAUUUAUUUAGAGAGUUUAGGAUUAUUGGAAAUCUUUGAAAAUGAAUUAAUUGAUACGGAAUGGAAAUUUAUAAGUAAAGAAGAAUCUGAUAUUAGUGUUUGGUCAAAACCAUUUCAAAAUCCAAGAUAUGAUAGUGUAGUUGGUAGUUCAUUAUUAUCAAGAAACCAAAUUAUAGAUUGUGAUCCAGAGGUUGCAGUAACCUAUGUAUCAGAUUGGUUAGCUAGAUUUAGUUGGGAUCGUUAUUUAGAUCGUUUCGAAAUAGUUUAUUACUUUACAACCAAUGAUAAACAAAAAGCUCAAAAAUUAAAUAUACCUUAUUCAAAAUAUGAUAUUCUAUUACUUCACAUGUAUACAAAUAUGUCAUUAUUUAUUAAAUCUAGAGAUUGUGUUAUUUUACAAAUUACAGGACCACACCCAAGUAGAAAAGGAUCAUAUUUUACAGUUUCAAGAGAUUAUAAUGAAUUUAAAGGAUGUGUUAAAUCAAAGGAAUAUAUUAGAGGUGGAUUACCAAUAUUUGGAUAUAUUUUUGAACCAAUUGUAUCAUAUGAUUUAGAUGGAGUAAAGAGUAAUGGUAGUUUUUCAACACAUAUUUGUUCAUAUGAUUUUGGAAAUGAAGGCAGAUCAUUCUCUGAUUAUUUAUUAAUGCCAGUUGUACCGAAAAUAUCAUUGAUGAAUUUAGUUUACAAGAUUAAAUUCAUUAGAAAUAAAUGUCAACAUCAAAAAACCAUAGAGAAUUAUAAGAGUAAUUCAUUGACUUAUAUACCAAAUGGUAUAAAUGUUGAACAGGGUACAGGUAAGCAUGGAAUUAAAUUUCAAGAGAAAUCACGUGAAGAAUGGAUUCAUUUCUUUAAAGAUCUCGAUGAGAAAUCUCAAUGGAAUAGUCUACCAAGUAAACAUAACAACAUUUGUGUAUUCUACGACCGUCACACCUCCACCAGUCCAUUACUAAUUAAAACAAAAUAUCAAGUUUCAUUCGACCCAAUUUUAAUUGGUUGUUUUAUGUUUGAAGAAGAUUUUCAAUGGGAUCCAUUCAUUUAUCAUAUGGUAUUGGAAGAUAAAAUUACAAUAUUAAAAGGUGGUGGUCCAAUCAUCUCAAGUAAAUUUAAAUUUAAUAUACCCUUUUUCAAUAUUAGAAGUACAUUACAAAAUGGUGCAAACACAAGUGGUUAUUUCUUAUUAGAGCAACGUGAAAAUGGUGAUAUCUUUUUUUUUUCAUUUGAUAAUUUAAAAUUUAAAAGUGAUGAAUGUCAAUUUACAACUUACUUUUUAAUUAAUCCUGAUAAUUGGAGAGAUAAAAUUAAUCCAAUUGAAUUAUCAAAAUCAACUAAUAAUACUUCAUCAUCUUCAUCUUCAUCCUCUUCUUCAUCAUCGUCCUCAUUAUCCUCCUACUCUAAUAUACCUGGAAGUGAACGUUCUUUAGAUAUUUUAAUGUUAAUUAAAUCUUCAUUCUCUUCAUCAACUUCAAGUAAUUCUUCAAAUAAUCAUAAAGAUAGAUUUGAUGAUCCAGUUUUAAUUAAAGUUAUUUAUUUAUUCUCUGAUAUUAUUGAUUUUAUUUAUUCAAAAGUUUCAAAAGAAUCUCAAAUACUUGAUUCAAUUAAACUUUUAUCAGUUUCAGAUUCAAUUGAACAAUCACAAUCAAAUAAUAUCAUUCCAUCAAUUAAUAAUCAUCAUAAAUCAAAUGAUCAAUCAAGUUAUUAUUUUAAACCAAUUAAUUCUAAAAAAAAUUUAAGAUCUUCAUUAAUUUCAAAUUUAAAUAAUAAUAAUAAUAAUAAUAAUAAUAAUAAUAAAAAUAAAAAUAAUAAUAAUAAUAAUAAUAAUAAUAAUAAUAAUAAUAAUAAUAAUAAUAAUAAUAAUAAUAAUAACAAUAACAAUAAUAAUUCCUCUUCUUUUGUUUCUAGAAGUAGUAGUACAAAUAUAUUACCAUCUACAUCAUUACAAUCUUUAAAUUCUUCUUCUACGCAACCACUUAAUAAAAUUAAUUCUUCAAUUACAAAUCUUUCACAAACAAUAACAACAUCAUCAACUAUUUCUUCAAAUUCAUUUUUGCAAGACAAUAAAGAUAAUAAUAGUAUUAAUAAUAAUAUUAAUAAUAGUAAUAGUAAUAGUAAUAGUAAUAAUAAUAAUAAUGUAAAUAAAACAAUAAUCACUACAUCAACAAUAACCAAUUCAUCAAUAACUUCUUCAAUUGAAAUACCGAAAAAUUCAUUCAAUGUUGAAAAUGAUAUCAACAAUGAUGAACUUGAAGAACAAUAUAAAAAAUCUAAAAAAACUAGAAAUUGUACAGGCGAACCAAAUAUCAAUUUUAUAAAUAAUACCACUAAUAAUAAUAGUAAUAAUAGUAAUAAUAGUAAUAAUAGUAAUAAUAGUAAUAAUAAUAAUAAUAACAUUGUAAAUAGAGAUAUUAAUAUUAGUGAAUAUAUAAAUAAAAAUGAUAAAAUAAUAGAUAAUAAUAAAACCGAAAUAAUUAAUUUAAAAAAACAACAGAAAAAUUUAGAAUCAUUGAAUAAAUUAAAAAUUCAAUUUCCAAUAACCACCACUACAACAACUACAACAACUACGACUACAACAACUACAACAACAUCAUCACCAUCAUCAUCAAUAUUACCAUUACCAAGAAAUAUUAAAUUAUCAACAGAAUCAUUUACAGAAUCAUCAAAUGAAUCACCUAAUGAAUCACCAGUUGGUUCACUUUCAGGAUCACCACCUAAAAAUAUUAAAAUAUUAAAGAAUAGAGCAUCAAGUAAUCAACUUUUAUUACCACCAUUUAUACCAUCAAUAAUUAGUGAAAGAGUUCAAUUCUUUUCAAAUAAUUAUGAAAAACAAACUGAACGUGAUGAUAUAUUGGAUGGUUUGGUUAAUUUAUUCUAUUUACCACAUGAAAUCAUUAUGACGAUAUUAUCCUAUCUUGAUCAUAGAGCAUUAUGUAAAGUAUCAAGAACUUGUAAAUAUAUGAAACAAAUGUCAGAAUCUGAUAUCCUAUGGUACCGUUUAUAUUUUAAUAUCUUUGGUGAAUCUAAAUUGGAUAGUCAUUAUAAUAAUGGUAAAAACAAUGACCAAUUAAGACAUCUUUGGGAUAGUUUUGUUAAAACUCAAUUUCAAUUCUCUUCAACCGAUUUAAAUUUCGAUAAUCCCUCAUUGACAUUCUUUCUAAGUAGAGAGACAAAUUAUGAAACAAUAGAUCAACAAUGGAAGAAGAACUUUUUCUUAAAGAUUAGAAUGGAGGUACUGUGGCAAAUUAGUAAACUAUAUGGUCAACCAAAGAAUACAGGUCCCUCCAUCAAUGGUCUAACACCAAGUGUGCCAACUAGUGUUAGAAUUUCGUUGAUGUCAAUUGCGUCCUAUCGUAUCUCACCAUCACAAUUCGCAAUGAUACCCAAUAAUGGCGAGGGUACAAUCACCUCAAUUCAUUUGGAUGGUGAGAAAAGUUAUUCAGGUUUCAGCACUGGUGAGGCGUAUGUAAUAGAUUUCGCAGAUUCAAGUCGUUUUAAUCCACAAAGAUUCGAUUACAUCCCAAAGGAACCAUCUUGCUCAGUUCAUAUGUGGACAAGUGAUUCUUUGGUUUAUUCAGGUUUAAAGAAUAAAACACUCAUUGAAUUCCAUCCAGAUAAUAUUUCAAAUACCAGAGAAAUUAAAUUAAUCAAUCCGAAAAUUACUACCCCUCAACUUUGGGAUGUCUCCUCAAUAUCUUCCAAUUUCACUGGUAGCAAUGUGGUUCUCCAUUAUGAAGGUAAUGAAGAUUCUUCCGAAUUCGAUGACUACGAUACAAUAGUUGAUGUUUUCAAUGCUAGCACUGGUGAAUUGUUAACCUCAAUUCAACAAGACGAUAGAAUCACCGCCAUCAAUACUCAUACCAAUAGGGUUGCCGUUGGUUGUUCAAGAGGUCCAAUCAAUUUAUGGGAUUUAAAUACUGGUAAAAAAGUUAUCUCUUUCCUUGGUCAUACUGAUGAAAUCUAUUCUUGUAAAGUAUUACCAAAAGAAGAUAUCGUUGUUGCUUCAAGUAAAGAUGGUACACUCAGAUUCUUUGAUGAAAGAACUGGUCCAUUCUAUAUUAAAAGAAUAGUCGAUACAAUUCAUGUUAAAUCUUUUGAUGUUGAACCAAAGAAAAUCCUAUGUGGAGGUGGUUCAAGAAUUUCUUAUUGGGAUCCACGUAAUUUAACUCAAUCCAUUGGUGAACUAUAUGGUCGUCCAAAUUCUGAAAUUACAAAAAUUCAACUUUCUCAAUUUAAUGUUGGUGCUUUAUUUUCUCAUGGUAGUUCAAAUUUAUGGAAAUUUAAUCUUUAA